CAAACUUUGACUUGUGACUUUGACGGGUGUUCCAUUAUAUUAAUAUAUUCUUUAUCGGUUUUUACACAAAUUUUAAUCUAAAUUAGUACACACGACAUCAGAACUCUUACUGCCACGUAUGUUAAUCACUAAACACGUAAUUCUGUUCUUUGAAAAUUUAAUACAUUAAAGAUGUGCGGCACUGACAAGAAACUUGGAGAGAUACGAGCUCUUAUCUUAGUGGGAGGCUAUGGAACACGCUUGAGACCAUUGACAUUGAGUAGGCCUAAGCCACUUGUGGAAUUUGCUAAUAAACCAAUUUUAAUGCAUCAGAUAGAAGCCUUAGUAGAUGCUGGUGUCACUCAGGUCAUCCUGGCAGUUUCAUAUAGAGCUGAGGAUAUGGAAAAGGAGCUAACAGAGCAAGUGUCUAAACUAGGAGUGUCUUUAACAUUCUCUCAUGAAACAGAGCCACUUGGAACUGCAGGGCCUCUGGCACUUGCUAGGGAGCUGCUGAGCACAAGCCCUGAACCUUUUUUUGUUCUUAACUCUGAUGUGAUUUGUGACUUUCCAUUUAAAGAAUUGGCCAAAUAUCACAGAAGUCAUGGCAAGGAAGGGACCAUAGUUGUCACAAAAGUGGAAGAACCUUCAAAAUAUGGUGUUGUAGUCUACAAGGAAGGUGGCGAAAUUGAGAGCUUUGUAGAGAAACCACAAGAAUUCAUUUCAAAUAAAAUUAAUGCUGGAAUGUACAUCUUAAAUCCAUCAGUUUUGAGUAGGAUAGAGCUACGGCCAAUGUCCAUUGAAAAGGAAGUGUUCCCAUUCAUGGCUAGAGACAAACAGUUACAUGCAAUGGAACUUCAAGGGUUCUGGAUGGAUGUGGGACAACCUAAGGACUUCUUAACAGGAAUGUGUCUCUACUUAACAAGCUUACGACAGAAGAACUCCAACAAACUGUAUGACGGAGCUGGGGUCGUGGGAAAUGUACUGAUCGAUCCGACAGCUACUAUUGGGAAAGAUUGCCGGAUAGGACCCAAUGUCACUAUUGGCCCCGAUGUCGUCGUAGAAGAUGGUGCUUGCAUAAAAAGGAGUACGAUAUUGCGCGGCGCUUGCGUCCGUCAGCACGCAUGGUUGGACGGUUGUAUAGUAGGUUGGCGGUCGGUUGUAGGCCGUUGGGUUAGAAUGGAGAAUUGUACGGUGUUAGGAGAAGAUGUUAUUGUAAAAGACGAGCUGUAUGUCAACGGAGGACAAGUUCUGCCUCACAAGUCUAUAGCUCUAUCAGUGCCCGAACCACAGAUCAUCAUGUGAAGAUUGGGGCUGUACUAACAAAAUGGAUUUAUCGAUGUAUCGUGAACUUGGUCGUGUGUCCUACUCAUAGAUAUGGAUAAUGGACUGCUGUCUAGUAUGUUCUAUUGUUAUAUAUAAAGAGAAAAAACAACCAAUACAUAUACGAAGCAUGGGCUGAUCAAUCGUUUUAUCUUUCUGAUCCUAUUUUUUUACAUUACAGUUGGGCAUGCGUAGUUUAUUCUCUUAACUAUGGUCCUACUUUAUAGACAGUGUAUGGAAGGAGCGUUCAAUAACUAAAAAGUAUACCUGGGCAGAUAAGUUUGAGAGAGAUAAAGCGUCCGGGCAAAUAGUUUUUUUUAUACAUUGGUUGUUUUGUAUCUCUUUCUAGAGAAUUGUCGAUUUAAUGUGAGUGUCACUAAAAUCUCUCGUUCUAUAGUUCUAUUCUCUUAUAACAUUUAAAACUAUGCCCCCCUUAUUAAUAAACGAGGAAUAAGCUUAGAGUAGUAACGCCGUGUUUAGUCCAUAUCACUCCAGUGCUAUUUGUCAUUCAAUGAACAGAGACAAAAUAUAAAGUAACUAAUCCAAGCCUUCGUUAAUUAAUAAGGCGGUGCAAGUCUG